UUAUUAUUCACAUUAAUCUGUUCAGGCUGUUAGACAUGCAUUUGCCAUCAUAAAGAUUUAAUUAGCCUUUACCAGCCACACUGGCACAGAGUUCAAAAAUGUUUCUGUUCUUCUCAGAUUGUCCUUGGGUGUAUUUUGGCUUUUACCUGUACACAUUUUUGAUGACAGGCUACUUUAGAGAUGUUGGAGCAAUACCUGGAGUAUGCCACGCAUGUUACACUUUGAGAAGGGUGAGGAUUCAAACACAGAAUCACACGGGAGGCAGGCGGGAUAAGGAACUGAAAUUGAGCUUUCAAUGAAAAGCCAAAAAUCCAAAACCCAUAUAUUACAAGUUAAGACAAAGUACUAAGAAGAACAAACUACUUCUAAAUAAACACAAGAGGAAUGACAAAAAACAAACAAUACAAGGUUAAACAGGGAGAUGCUGGACAACACUGGAGUGUACAGGCUCGGGUGAAACACGCAGGGAACCACACAGGGAACAACUGUCAUAAAGUAUGUAACCACUGUUCUGUUGUAUUUAAGUGAGAAACAUUUGGAAGACUGCAGAGUAUAAAAGAGAUCUGAUCAAACCCAAUCAAAAAUUCUUCAGAGAAAUAGCAACUCUCUACCUCAAGGAAUUUCCGUUACAACAGGAGGGAGGGAAAAGCACACACGACACAAGGGGGCAAAACUUCAAAAUAAAACAAGAAAUCACAGAAACACAACCAGAAUCAUCACAGCUCAUACACGACAAUGUGCAUAUUGUUUGGAUUGAGGCAAUAAAGUGUUGAAAUACUGGAGCUCAGAUGUUCCUAAAAAGGCUGUUGUCUUCUUGACACUAAAUGUUUCAUGAGUACAAUUCAUACCAUUUGAUCUUAUGCUGCCCACAAAUAACAAAGUGUUUUACUGUGCGUCUAAUUCAUUCUGGCUAAACAGGCUUUGCCACUUCUCUCGGUACGGUACCUUCCCUUUGGACCGCCUCCCUGCUCCCGCUUCUUAUAAAAGUGAAGGUUUUGAACAGCAGUUCCACAGGACUGAGUGAAAUCUAAAGGACGGACCAACAUCUGUCAACAACCAAGACAGUAUGGCACACCAUAUCCACCCAAUACCUGGGAUCCUCUAUAGGGAGACUGCCCCCAUACAAGACGAUAUGCCAAAGGUGCAGGGCUACAACUUCAACCAGGGAGUGGAUCACCGAGCCAUGCUGCAGUCCUACCUCAACACCGGCUUGCAGGCAACUAAUGUUGGCAAGGCUAUCCAGCAGGUCAACAAAAUGAUCGAGAGGCGUCAGCAACCCGUGGAGACGUUGAAUGGAACAGUUAAGGAGGAUCCGUCAACCUGCCCCUGCCUGAGGAGCUGCACCAUCUUCCUCAGUUACACCUCAAACCUCAUCAGCAGUGGAAUCAGGGAGACGAUCUGCUACCUCGCAGAACACAAGAUGGUGGAUGUCUUAGUGACAACAGCUGGAGGGAUAGAGGAGGACCUGAUCAAGUGUUUGGGCCCGGUUUACGUGGGAGACUUUAAUCUUCCUGGCAAGGAACUUUACAAAAAAGGCCUAAACAGGAAUGGAAACACUUUGAUGUCCGACGAUAACUAUGUCAAAUUUGACAAAUGGAUGAGGCCAGUCCUGAAGCAGAUGCUGGUGGAACAAAACACCCAGGGUGUUAACUGGACUCCAUCUAAGAUAAUCCAUCGACUGGGCAAGGAGAUCAACAACCCUGAAUCUGUUUACUAUUGGGCCUACAAGAACAACAUCCCAGUGUUCAGCCCCGCCCUGACAGACGGCGCUAUUGGAGACAUGUUCUACCUCUUCUCGAUGGAGAACCCUGGCUUGAAAUGUGACAUAGUUGAAGAUGUUGGGAAGCUGAACAACAUCGUUCUGGCUUCCAACAGCACAGGGAUCAUCAUCUUGGGAGGAGGUGUAGCCAAACACCAAGUAUGCAAUGCCAACUCAUGGAGGGACGGAGCUGACUACGCGGUGUUCGUGAGCACGGCUCAGGAGUUUGAUGGUUGUGACUCAGGGGCCAGUCCUGAUGAGGCCGUGUCCUGGGGAAAGAUCAGAGCAAAUGCUGAAGCUGUGAAGGUGUUUGCAGAUGCCUCCAUUGUUUUUCCCUUAUUGGUAGCAGAGACCUUUGCAGCUCAUGCUAAUAAGACAACAUCCAACAAGGAAAACAAAUGAACAGAUGCCUCCUCAAAUCUAUGAGUGUUUCCUCUGUGAUUGUUCUGUAACAGUGGUGGUGGGGUGCCAUUGUUGGUAUUUGUUCCACAUCUAUCCCUGAUAGUUUUGGUUGUCAUUGUUACACUUUGUAAUAGAUAGUUGGCCCCAUAAGCGGGCAACAACCAGUUUAAUUGUAGAACUUAUGCACUUAAGAUAUUCUUGAUGAAUAGCAGCUACUAUGCUCAAAUGAGGACUUGAAAUUUGCUUCUAUUUUUAUUC